ACAAGGAAUCCGUGAGCGAUGUCAUCCUAGAGACCAUGUUUAUCUCCACCGAAGGUCAUGGUUUUUGUAGUUUUUUGAUGUACCAUGGAACGCCGUCAGUUCAUGCACACUCUCUCCUUUGUGGAGAAAGGGUGUAGAAAAAGGACUACAAGCCCCAUGGGGCAGACAGAGUUUUGGGAGACCAGCUGAUCGCUCGGGUUUGACAGGCGAUGUGGCGCUGAUAGAGAAAGAUAUUACGUAAGAAGAGUUGGAUUAAAGCAUACUCUCGGAACUGGGCUGAACAGGACCAUCGGUGUGAAUGAAACGUCUAGAAGGUUCACACACCUAGAUGACCGGUAAACGUCCACGCCCUUCUGGAUCAGAAAUGUUGUGCAGUUCAAGGCGGCGUAGUCUGCUCAUACAGAGAGACCGUUGGUGAGCAGAGCGCCUUUCCCAAGAACCCCGUCCGGAGACGCACCCAGGAUGUCCAGCGAUCCCCCUCCUCCCUACCCUGGCGGCCCCAGCGCCCCCCUCAUCGAGGAGAAGAACGGUCAGCCCCCUGCGUCGGGCACAGCGCCUCCUUCAGGUGCUGUUCCGGUGACGAAUGCACCAACCCUUCAGGUGCACCCCAUACCCCCAGAGCAUGGCCCGCCGCCCUAUGAGACCACGCUGCAGCCAGGCUUUGUGCCGCCCCACGUCCCGGGAGAAGGGCCCAUGCCUAUGCCCAUGCCCAUGCCAAUGCCACACCCUCACGCGGGCUAUUAUCCCCCGCCUGGGUACUUCCCCCAGCCAAUCCCGGGGCAGUACCCGCCAGGCCCCAGCCACUACCCCUCCCCCGGGGGCCACACAGCCACGGUGAUUGCCCCGCCCGGGGCGGCCACCACAGUGACAGUGCUGCAGGGUGAGAUGUUCCAGUCGGCGCCAGUGCAGACAGUGUGCCCGCACUGCCAGCAGGCCAUCGUCACCCGCAUCUCCCACGACGUGGGGCUCAUGAACACCCUCUUCUGCCUCUUCUGCUGCUUCGUGGGAUGCGACCUGGGCUGUUGCUUGAUCCCCUGCUUGAUUGACGACCUCAAGGACGUGACACACACCUGUCCCAACUGCAAGGGCUACAUUUACACAUACAAGCGCAUGUGCUAACAGUGUCAUGAACACAUGUACACACAUACACAAACACAAACACUGUCCUCACAGCGCCUCCUGGUGGAAGGUCUAAGUACAUCUCCUGGUAGCUGUUUUUUUUUCCAUUUCCUUUCAGUGUCGUGUUUCAUUUAUCCUUUUGAUGAUAGCCUCCCUUUUUUUCUAAACAUCUGUCCACUGUGUAAAUACUCACAUACAUUCGUACAAUUUAGCACGUGUUCUGUUAUCCAUGAGCGCGUUGUCAAGAGAAUAUAUCCUUCAGACACAACAGGCAAGAAAAAAUACAAACAAUAACAAAACAAAACGAAAAAGGGAUUGGAACACAAAAUAUGUUACAAAUAAGUUUGCUAUGUUACAUUUUGAAAACCACCGACGGGUUAAUGUCAGACUCGCACAUUGGGUUGUCGGUAGGCAGGGCCCUGCCCUUUGCAUUAUGGGAGGAAAAUUAAGUCAAAGGAAUAUUCAGGGUGGACAACUGUGGAAAAAAAGGGUCAUCAUACUUACUGUAAUCAAAAUCAUCUGUGAAACUUGCUAUGUAGCAAUUCCGAACAAUGAAGUCAGCAAUGGAAGGGUCAGUAUAGUUUUUUAAUUGUCUUAUUUUAAAUUGUAAUUAUUUGAACUAUUUUAUGUAUUAUUUUAACAUGUUAAUAUUGAGGCCAAUGCUUGCUUUGACUGAGUCUGUGAAUUAAUGUUUUUUUCUGUUUAAUGUUUUAAUGGACAGAUGUUGUUUUCUGCACAGAAGUUGUCUGAAUGCAGAAAUUCCCUUUAAAUGUGUAGUGCACAGUAUGUUAACGGUAUAUCAGAUUUUAACUGACAUGCUCAAAUAGGACAAAGGUGAGGCAGAGAUCUGAAACUGCUCAUUUUUUCAUCUUUGGAAUGUCGAGUAUACAUUCGAACACAAAAUUCCAUGAUUUUUCUACAGAGCUGUCAGACAAUGCUACUAUUUAUCUGUUCCUGAUAAAGCAACAGUUUCAUAUUGACGGGUUGUUACACAAUACUUGAUGCCAGCCCAUAUCAAGUAUUGUUAUGUAUAAUCUAACACGGUCAUGGCAAUCAUCAUUAUUUCAUCAAUAUCAUGCUAUGUUAGGAAGUUAUCGUGUGCACGAUAAGAUUAUCGCAUCAUACACCUGCAUUUUUCAUGCACCCAUCCCCCCAUGCAAAAAAGGAAAUUAUUCUAUUCAGUAACUAUUAUCCAUUGUUCUCAGCUUUUCAAUUAUGACAACUAUGUGAUCAAAAUAUUAGCUGAUUAAUUAGCCCAGUGACUCUCUUAUUUGCUACAACCUCGAGUUUAUCACACAAGUUUAUUAACUUGUUCAGAAUUGUCGUUUGAUUUUUGGCAAUGUGGCACCCUUUAAAAAUACUUAAGUGUAAUAACUAAAAAUAGCUUUUUACCUGGGCACUGUAGUAUAAAUUCAGUUUGCAAUUUCAAAGAAAUGCAGCAAUAAAAAUAUCAGCAACCUUCUACGUGUAGAUUUCCACAAGAUGUUAAUGUCUGCCUGAGAAAUACUGGACGAUUGCAGUGGCGUCUACCGAUGAAAGAAUCUGCGAACUCACGGGAACGGCUGUUGCCAGGCGCUGUGUCCAUCUCAAAACUGUUUUGAAUAUUUACACGAUUUUUGAGUGCAUUAAUUUCUUGCCAUUGGUCAUGCAGGUGUUCCGUCCUGUUUUGAUUGUUUUUAGCAGAAUAAAAUGCACUUAUGAUAGCAGUGUUGUUCUUCUAGCGUAAUAUGUGUGAGGACUGUCCAAAAGACAGUACUUCAAAUAAUACUGUGAAAGUUUGAAGGCAUACCUCAGCAUGUGAGGUCACGACUGCGCUUAUAGCAUGUUUACAGCACGAGGUCAAUUCGAUUAUCAGUACGGAUGUAUUUUUUUUUAUCUUAAAUUACAAAAAAAUAUUUGCUUGUGGAGGGUUUCUGAGCAUCAGUGACCUUUGUUUAAAUGGAACAGCUUGCUGUAACAAUACGCCACUGCCUGUUCAUCAUGAUUCAGUUAAUCUAGAUCACUGCACACAAAAGACAACAUUCAAUCUAAUACCAGUAUAGUUCACCACUAAACUUUGGAAUUCAAAGUUAAUGACAAACCACAUUUUAAACCAGAAUUAAUCUGAGCCAUGAACAACAAAGGAUGACCGACAUAGGUGUCAUUUAUGCUGGGGAGGCUGGGGACAUGUCCCCAUCACUUUUUGUCAUGGCCCAUUUAGUGCCCACCACUUUUUGAAAGCCUGAACACGUCAAACCUGUCGUUGUCCCUAGCACUUUUCAAAACAAACUGACGCCCAUGAUGACCAAGCUAUUUCUGGUGCAACCUUUUGAUUCGAUCCGUGGUGAUGGAAAAUGCUCAGCCAUUUUUCCACAGAUGGUAGGGACUGGAAGGCAGAGGAAAAAUGUUGCCUUGUGCCCUGUGUGAUGCCAGCGUAAUCCAAACAUGCCACACCCUGGCCAUAUGUCCGCUCUGUGGCACGAGUCCAGCUUUGUAUCAUGGGCGCCGUUCCUCUCCUGGAUCUUGGUUCCAAAGUAGAUGACAUUAUCCUGUUAAUAUCAUCUGCUGGUUACAAGAAACAAUAGCAAAACCUCAGUAAACUCCCAAAUUUUAUUCAGCGCAGUCCUGUUAAAGGAAUAUUCACCAUGCACACUGUGUAGACACAGUGGGCGGCAAAUAAAGAGCAGUCGUCUUAUAUCAAAUGCCCUUUUCAGUUAGGUGUAUAGUCUGUGCUUACUUAUCAGUGCCAUCUCUGCAUGGUUAAGAAAUGUUGCUGCUUGCUGCAAAGGAGCGAAAGAUAACUCCUGGUGUGAAGUGGUUUAAAUUUUUGUUUAGCAGUAAUUAUUAAUAUUAAAUGUAAAAAGACUAAUUUUUUUUUACAAAGACUAAUUAAAUUGAUUUAAAAGGGAUACACGUUUGUUUUUAUUUGAGACAUGCUUUUCACUGCAGCAGGAUAUAUUAAGCAUUGUGGCAGUAACCUUACUGUAAAUUUAUUGGAUUAAAAGUGAAGAUUUUUUACAUAUUGGAAUUGGUCUUUGUUGACAUACCAUAUAGCCAUUCAUCAGCAUUUAAAACGUGUAACUGGGAAAGAGCUGGCAUAAAAUGAAGAACAUACCUUAUGCAUACUGUCUGUCUCCAUGACAAACCUCCAUGCUACCUCAUUCCCAAAUUCCUCCCACGUAACAUCACCUAUCACUGGGUCACCUGCAUGAAUUCCUAUGCAUUACAGCCACAGAGGUUACGCGCUGCAGAGAAUGAUGUUUGCAUGGGCUCUAACUACAUCACAUCAAAAUAUGAUUGGCUGAGGUUCAGUUUGUGUAAUCCAAGGGUCAAAUCUGUGAAUGGACUAAUAGAACUGCUUACUUUUUGAGUUGUGAUAUGCCUCAAUGUGAAUUGUCAGAUCUUGUCCCAGAAAGCCUUUUUUUAUGUUCAGAAAGUCUCUACAGAAGGUGGUGGCUUUUCCUCCAAUUCUACUGUUUGGUAACUAGAGGCAGGGAGAAGCAUUCACGUCUAAUGAGAUUGGUGGUUCUCUAGUAGGUGUCACCGCGCUAAAUGAUAUGUUUAUGCAAAAUGUUUCUGUAAACAGAAUGAUGUGUG